AAAAAAAAAAAAAAGAAAAUAACUAGGUCAUCUGAAAACUAGACCUUCGAAGUUUUGGCUUUUCGAUUUCCUGAUUCUUGAAUAGAUUGACCGAAUUUUUUUUUUCUUUAAAUGUCUGUAACACGUAUGCUGUAUCAGAAUCUCAUGUAUAUUGCUAAAAUAAAUUAUAGGAUUUGAUUAUAUACAGUUUUAACGAACGAUCGUUAAUGGAGAGGCAUGAUGCAAUUAUCGUCAGUUUAGAAUAUCGUUUCAACGGGAUCGGCCUAAAAGUAUGCUAAUGAUUUAACGAUCUGUCCAGUUACAGCAAAAACAUCUCUCUGCUUAGUUCCCUGUUUAAUACUAAACGAUGACACGGCCUGACCUAUUUUUUCUUAUUUUUACUUAAAAAUUAAAAUGUAUAUAAUCAUAAAUAUAAUCGUAAAUAUUUAAUAAAUAUUAAAAAAGUAUUCAAUGAGUAUCAGAUAACUCAUGGCAGUUUAAUCAAUAAUCAUAAUAAUUUUAGGAAUCGUUGAGCUUAGACGAUAACCGAUGCGUCAUUGAAAGCGAACAAUGAAACUCGAUACUACCGAAUGUUUCGACGGAAUCGGUUUGUAAGCGACGAUGCGAGAGAACUGUAACAAUUAGAGUAAUUAGCGCUUAGGGAUUUGUGUGUACUUAACGUUACCGUCGAUACAGUUACCGUUGCACGAAUGCUGGACGAAGCUGUUAUUGAAACUAGGUCCAAGAAUCGCAUUCAGUACCUCAGACGACCAAAGGUUUUCGAAGCUUUCCUACCUGCGUGCUAUACUCCCAAAUGCCCAACUUUUAUCGCAUGGGACAGAGUGCAGCGUGACAACUGUUAAAGUGGAAUGGUGUCUGUCAUGUGUAUCAAAAGACGAACUGUGCAAUAUAUCUUAAAAAUUAAUAUGGGCUCGAUAAACAGUCGAUUGGUCUGCAAGUUUGUUCUAUUGUCGAUUUGCAUUUAUCAUGCCUCUGGCGAAAUGAGUGUGGAAAAUGCAGAAGGCUCAAUUUUGACACAGAAAACAGGAACGUCUAGAGAAAAACUUGAGCUGACGAUCCCGCAAUCUGUUAGAAGCAGACGGAGCAGAGCGUACAGAUGGGAUUACAAUACCAGAGGUGACAACGCCGACCAUCAAAACGACGAUCACGAGGAUCAUGAGGAUAUGAAUGACGAUGAGAACGGUCAGACGAAGGCGAUGGAUGAACCUAAGGCCGAUUAUUGGGCUGGCUAUUACGAUUUUCUGAUAAACGAAGGAAGCUACAAAUUCUGGGCCGUCUUUCAACUCGCGACCGCGGCUCUUCUGAUCUACAGCGGUUUUGCGGCUCUCUACUACGCCAAAGUGAAUCCGCCGACCACGGACGAUUAUUUCGACGACAUACUUCGCCGGCGACGGAGAAGACGUCGCUCGCUACCGCUGGUGGCCCGCGACAGGCCCUUCGCCGGACUCGACACCGCCACGUUCCAAAGGAUAAUCGAGGCCGUCGACGCUCAAUGGGCACGUUGAUCUACGUUUCGAUCGUUUCUUUAACGAAGGAAGACAUCGAUAAAUCAAAAGUAAACAAACGAGCGAUCAAAUACACCGAGGUAUUUCGAUGAGACGAGUCUUUAGAGGUGCGAAUCGAGGACAGACAGCGUGAGAAAAUGCGAAAACGCAAUUGACCCAAAACCCAUUGUUUCCUAAAAACGGUGGUGAAUGCUUUUAAUUAGCCUGGAAUUGUAGCGAGCAUAAUGUAACACUUAUGUUAGAGGUGUACGAAUCAAGUAUUUGUAAAGUCGAAUCGAAUCGAAUCUUUGAUAACAUGUUUGAAAUCGAAUUGAAUCAAAUCUGAAAUUUUCGCUGAUACUGAUAAAUGAGAAUUACAUACAUACAUUACAAAUUAUAACGUUACUAUUUAAGUUAAAGUGAUAGUAUUUUAAUGAUUGUCCUAAUAAUUUAUUAGGACAAUGUAAUAGAGCAUUUUCAAUCUUUGUGUUCUAAAUUCUAUAAAAUCGAUACAGUACAAAUCAAACUAUUAAAAUUCAAACUUUUCAGAUUGAAUCUACCGUGAUUCGAUACAUGCGAACUAUUUGAACUAUUUGCACGCUUCUAAUUUACAUAUAUAUAUAUAUAUAAAAGAGAUCUUUGAGAUUAAUUUGAAAGUUACUAAAUUAGCAGUGUAUAUAGCAUAAAGUGCGAAGUGUGCAUGUGUACGUGUGUUCAUGUUAAUCGUGUUAAUCUUGUAACUUAGGUGUAGAUACAUUUCUAUAAAUAUUAAGAUAUGUGUAAUAUUAAAAAGAAAAUCGGAAAAAUUAAACGAAAGGAAAAUAA